UUUUUUGGGUUUUUUUAUUUUUUUUUACAGAUACCAAAGAUGAUGACUAGAAAGAUUAAGCUUUGGGACAUUAAUGUCCAUAUAACCUGUCAUUUAUGCAAUGGAUACCUGAUUGAUGCCACUACUGUAACAGAAUGCUUGCAUACUUUCUGUAGAAGCUGCUUGGUGAAGUAUUUGGAGGAAAACAACACCUGUCCAACAUGUCGGAUUGUUAUACACCAGAGCCAUCCAUUACAGUAUGUUGGUCAUGAUAGAACAAUGCAAGAUAUUGUUUACAAACUUGUGCCAGGCCUCCAAGAAGCGGAAAUUAAAAAGCAGAGGGAAUUCUAUUACAAACUGGGUAUGGAAGUACCAGGGGACAUCAAAGGGGAGACAUGCUCUGCAAAACAACAUCUAGAUUCACAUCGCAAUGUUGAAACUAAACCAGAUGAAAAUUCAAACAAAGAAACUUCUGAAGAAAACCAGGAAGAAGAUAAUGACUAUCAUCGAAGUGAUGAACAGGUAAGCAUCUGUUUGGAAUGCAAUAGCAGCAAAUUAUGUGGAUUGAAAAGAAAAUGGAUCCGCUGCUCAGCACAAGCAACAGUCUUGCAUCUAAAGAAGUUCAUUGCUAAAAAACUUAACCUUUCUUCUUUUAAUGAGCUGGAUAUAUUAUGCAAUGAAGAGAUUCUUGGCAAGGACCACACACUCAAGUUUGUAGUUGUUACUAGAUGGAGAUUUAAGAUGGUGAAUGGUGAAGAAAUUGAGAGAAAUGCAAAGAGAAUGUCUGAUGAACUAUGGGGAUGGUCAAGAGAGCCAUAGUAAGGCCAUUGGAGUACUGCCAUCUCUGCAAACAAUAAUGUGGUACUACUACAUUUGAACACCUGGGUUAGGAUCUCAAGGCUUAGAGAAUGUGUAUGUGAUGUAAUUAGAAGUUUGCUCUGGUUUUGCUGUACUGUUUCUGGACUCCCUUACCUACAAUUUAGCUUUUAUCUGGUUUUAGCAUUAAUAGAAAUGACAGAAGAGGACAUGCAAGAUCUAAUUAGUCUCUAUUUUUGACAGUUUUUCAGAAAAUAUUAAAUGCAGGAUGUAUAUGUAAGUUAACAUAAUAGGCUUUUCUGGAGCUCUUCAUGUGGAUAUUAUUGUAUACUUCCCAGUGUAAAUCAGGGGCUGGUUCUAGUUUGUGAGGACUCCAGAGAUUGCAAAUAUGGUUAUAAACACCCAUCCUCUAUGCACACCUAAUGUACCUGACAAAGACAUGGAGCUCAAGUCCGUAGACCAUGUAAAUGCGUAAUUCAUUGUUCAGCCACAGUCUGAGGGUUUAAUAAAUAUAUUUGUGAUUGGUCUACCUCAGUAUAUGUACACUGUGUAACGUUAUUGCAAGAUCAGAUGUUGAUGCAGUGCUGUUGAAGUUUAUUUGUAUUUUAGUGUUUCCCUGUGUAGCUCUCCAACUGAAAGAAGUUAGCAGUUACAAAUGUAAAUUCAGAAAACUCUCUGCCAUUCAGUUCUAAAUCUUGCUCUAGCAGUCUAUAGUAUAGAAUAUAUGUUUGCAAGUUUGUAACUAUGUUUGGAAUGACUCAGAUUUGUUGCGAUGCUAUACGAAUAUAUUUAAAACUGUUUAUCUAGGUACACAUCUGUAGCCAGUGUUAACACCUAUAGGUGGUGAUUACUCAUAAUUGUAUGUAUCUGCUUUAGUAAUGCGUUUAACCUCAGCAGUGCUUUUAAAAAGAAAACAAGAAAAAAAACCCAA